AGGUUUUCCUUUCCUGCCUCAACUUGGCUGAAGUGUCAUCAGGACCAGACAGACAGACUUUAAUAAAGUUUCUGCCCUGGUGCUCUCCUGGUCCAGACAUGGCACCUAGCACGCAGCUGAAGGAGGCGAUAGCCGAUGUGCAGGAGGGGAUCCGUGCCAUCCUGCUCGGACCACCCGGAGCCGGGAAGGGGACUCAGGCCCCUCGGCUAGCAGAGCAGUACUGUGUUUGCCACCUGGCCACCGGAGACAUGUUGAGGGCCAUGGUGGCUUCAGGCUCGGAGCUCGGCAAGAGGCUCAAGGAGACCAUGGAUGCUGGCAAACUGGUCAGUGAUGAGAUGGUUGUGGAGCUCAUCGAGAAGAACUUGGACACACCAGCCUGCAGGAACGGCUUCCUGUUGGACGGAUUCCCUCGCACAGUCAAACAAGCUGAGAUGCUGGACAACUUGUUGGACAAGAGACACGAGCAGCUGGACUCUGUGAUCGAGUUCGCUGUUGAUGACUCUCUGUUGGUCCGCAGGAUCUGUGGCAGACUAAUUCAUCAGCCAAGUGGCCGCUCCUACCACGAGGAGUUCAACCCCCCCAAAGAGCCCAUGAAGGAUGACCUGACAGGCGAGCCACUCAUCCGCCGCAGCGACGACAAUGAGAAGACGUUGAAGUCCCGUCUGGAAGCUUACCAUCGGCAGACUGUCCCUCUGGUGAACUACUACAAAGCCAAGGGCCUGCACACAGCUGUCAACGCUGCCCUGAGCCCAAGCGUCGUCUUUGCCUCCAUCGUAGCUGCCUUCUCCGCUGCCACGGAAAUCCCCGCCCGUGCUGUCGCCUCUGGUUGAAUGCUGAGCUGCUACAUUCCCAACGAGGCGACGGAUUGGAUUUGGCAAAAGAUCUCGGGUGGGUGGACAGGCGAGGGAGGGGGGAUCAGAAAAUAGAGGGAAUGCUUAGACUUUUUAUAAGUUAACGCUAAUGUUGCGGUGCAGUGGGGCUCGUAGUUGUCAUAUUCCUCAUGUUUAUCCUUCUAAUAAAUAUGCUUUCCUACAAUCUGCACAUUUUGUGCACAUUGUGUUCCAUUUUUUCGCUGUACUCUCCCACUGCGCAAACUACAUGUUUCAGAAAAGCAGCUGUAGAUAAAUGUUAGAGCCUGUUUACACUUGUAAUCAACAUUUGUCUGAAAGUGGACAGCUCUCUCUGUUUGUUUACAAGUGACAAUAAAAGGCGUCUCCACGUGUCUCAAGGCA